CUCCCAGCUUGACAGAAUUUUUUUUUUUUUUUUUUUUUUUUUUUGUGUGUGUAACCACGCCUACACAGUGGCUGCCAAGGCUUACCCAUGAGUUAAACCUUCUUUAGUUGGUAAUGAGGAAGUCGUGGGCUCUAGCAGUGGACACCCGAAGGCAGCAGUGGGUGAAAACAAGCAAAAUAAAGAAAAGUUUGGCUGUGAGAAGGUGCUAGACAGCCAGCCAUAGUGACCAGGAGGCAGGAAGGUAGAUCACCACCACCACAGGGAAGUGAGAGAUGGGGAGGAGGAUUUAAAAGGACAUGUUUGCAGUGCGCUGUCAGCCCUCACCUGCGCCGCCUCCCCCAGUGAGCGGGUGUAGGCCUGGGAAUAGAACAUAUGCAGACGUCUUGGCAGUGCUGUGUAUGUCUGUUUGUCGAUGGUCAAGAAGGAACGUAGCAAAAGUUUAAGAAGUACAAUAAUUUCAACCUGUGUAGUACGAUAAUAUGGCCAAAACAAUCUGGCAACGCUGGUGCCGUUGCAAAAGCUGUACUCUGGGGACAAGAAUUGAAGGCGCGGUGUUAGAUUUCUCAUUAUUACUCUCUGGAGAUGAUUGGAAACUCGCAUCCUCGCCAGGACUGCUAAGACACACAAGAGCUGUAUGAAGAUUAUCACAUGAGGCAAAGUGCACGUCUGUUAUAUGGCCUCUUGUAGUUUGUUGAGAGGUGAUCAUCAAUACCAGUGUACCACACGCCACAACACAUCUCACAGAUUCUAUGGUACAAAAAUUUGGUGGUGUUCUCAUAUGCUCCUACAAUGGAUGAGUGUGAAGUACUUGAAGUCAAAGAAACAUUUGCAUCUCAUGAUCCUGCCACAGAGCUGAAAAAAGUUGAAUUGGCAAUAAAAAAAAUUACACAGGAGAUCCAGCUACUUCAGGGUCAUAAACAACAACUGAUUAGCAAGAGAGAUAAAUUAAAAGAUGCCAUUCAACAGAAUAAAUCUGCUCAGCUUGCCCAAAAAGACUGGGAUAGAAAGGAUUUUCCAUGGUCCAAGGAGUUGCAGAACAUACAGGAAAGCAUAUUCAAGAUACCCAGGCUACGAGCACAUCAGUUGCCCACCAUAAAUGCUACGCUAUCUGGUGUCGAUUGCAUCCUUAUUAUGCCCACAGGAGGAGGAAAGUCUCUUUGCUAUCAAUUGCCAGCUCAUGUUUCUAAAGGUGUCACAUUGGUUGUCUCCCCUCUGGUGUCCUUGAUGGAAGACCAAAUAAUGGGCCUGAAGGCCCUAAACAUUGAAGCACAAAUGCUGUCAGCAUCAUCAGGCAGAGAACAAGUUAAUGGUGUACAUGCAGAUAUGACAAAUCCCAACAGCACCUUAAAGCUUUUGUAUGUCACACCAGAGAAGCUUUCCAAAUCCAAGAGAUUCAUGACCAAACUUCAAAAAAUGCACCAGAUGGGAAGGUUUGCACGCCUGGCCAUUGAUGAGGUUCAUUGUUGUUCACAAUGGGGCCAUGACUUCAGACCAGACUACAAAUUCUUGGGUAUUAUGAAAAAGAUGUUUCCUGGUACUCCCAUCUUGGGGCUUACUGCUACAGCUACUUCAAGAGUAAUUCAAGAUGUGCAGAAGAUACUUGACAUACAGGGUUGCUUGAUUCUAAAGGCAUCAUUUAAUAGGCCUAAUUUGUUUUAUGAGGUACGUCCAAAGCCUUCAUCACAUGAAGAAUGUGUCAGACAAAUUCAACACAUGCUUCAGAAAGAGUUUCAAGGCCAGUCAGGCAUCAUCUAUACAAUGACCAUCAAAGAUUCUGAGCAGUUAGCAAGUGACUUAAGGUCUCAUGGCCUCCGUGUGGCUCCCUAUCAUGCCCAGCUUGAUGCAGAUGUGAGGAGUAGAGUUCAUACAAAAUGGGUGAAAAAUGAGUAUCAGGCUGUAAUUGCAACUAUUGCCUUUGGGAUGGGUAUUGACAAACCUGAUGUUCGCUAUGUUAUCCACCACUGUAUUUCAAAAUCCAUGGAAAACUUCUACCAGGAAAGUGGAAGAGCUGGGAGAGAUGGUGAACCAGCCAAAUGUAUCAUCUUUUGGAGAUUUGGUGAUCUUGCAAGACAGAGCACAAUGGUCUUCACUGAGCAGACUGGUCUUGAAAAUUUGUAUGGUCUGAUUGCCUAUUGCCUGGAUGGUGUAAGGUGUCGUAGGAACCUCAUUGCUGAACAUUUUGAUGAAGCUUGGGAGACCUCAGAUUGUGCAGGCAUGUGUGACCAUUGCAAGAUACCACAAGAGGUGAAGAUGAUGGAAUUGGGUGAUUAUGGUCAGAAGUUGCUGUUAAUAUUAGAAAAAUCUUCAAGCAUGGAUCAGAGGUUAACAGGUCAGAAAUUGGUCGACUUGUUUCUUGGCAAGGGUUCUACCAAGCAACGUGUGCAAGGGGCCACUGCCAUUGGACUUCCCAGAGAGACAGCAGAAAAUAUUGUGGCAUAUUUACUUGUAGAUGGAUUUCUCAAGGAAGACUUUCACUUCACUCCAUACAGUACUCUCAGCUAUAUUGUACCAGGACCAAAGGCAGAGGCCGGAAUUAAACCAAGUCCUAUGGCAGUGGGAGGAUCAAGAAAACUAUCAAAUUGUUCAAGUCUGCAGUCUUCUUUGACAGAUGAAUCCUCUGGAAAAGAUAAAAGUACCAAAUCAGACAUCAAGAAGGCAGUGAAGAAGAGCUCCAAGGGAGAAAGCACAUUAAAAAGAAGUGGAAGUGCUUCAUCUAGUAGCCAAAAUUCACUUAGCAUAUCUUCAUGUAGUAAUGAAGAGCACCCAACCAGCAAGAAAAGAAGAAUAAUUGUUGUUGAAGAUUCAGAUGAUGAAUUAGAUGAUUAACUUAUGGGCAAAUUAAGAUCAUUCUAGUUUAAAAAAAAAAACAUGUUCAUAUUACUUGCAGAUAUUUUUACUAUUGCCAAGAGACAUGAGAGCUAUAAAAGAAAAAAAAAGUGAAGAGGUGUACAUAAUGAAUAAGCAUUGAUGAGAGAUAGGGUAGGAAAUUUACAGAUUUCCAGAUGAGUAAGAAAACAUUUUAGGAAGGAGCUAAAGAAAAUUCAAAGUGGGAUGUCUGGGAAAGAAUAGUGUGAGAAAAUUUUGGCAGCAGCUGCCACAGAAAUCUUCAGGGGGCACUGCUGAUGUACAAGGUGUAGUCAAAAAGUAUCUGACCUUGAAUUUGUUAGCACAAAGUAAUAAUAUGUGAGCAAAAUCCACUUGGGUAUUAGUUGGCCGCAUCCUUACUGAGCAUGCACAAAAAUUUUUGUCUGUAGGUGGUGCUAGUCACCAGCAGUGAUGCAUUGAGUACAGACAUGGAGUGUGCUGUGUGAUUUUUCUUUUUGAGUCAAGGUGACUGAGCACAUUGAGCAAAGAUACUGUAUCAAAUUCUGCCAGAAACUUGGUGAUAUGCAAGCCCAGACUAUUGAGAUGAUUCAGAAGGCCUUUGGAGAUGAUGCUAUGGAAAAAACAAAUAAAGGAGUGGUACAACCAGUUCAAAGAUGGCGGCACCUCAGUGGACAGUGAGUUAUGUUGUGGCAGACCACUGACUAGCAGAAACAACGAACUGAUUUCAAAGGUUCAAGGAAAAGUCCAUAAAGACCAUCAUGUGACUUGGAAUCACCUAUGGGUCAGUUCAGUCAGUUAUAACAGAAUAUUUGUUCAUGAGGAGGAUGUCAGCCAAAUUCGUACCAAAGUUGCUGUCUGACCAGCAGAAAGAAAACAGAAAGGAGAUCUCCCAGGAAAUGCUGAAGUGUGCUAGCCAAGAUCAAAAUUUCAUGAACACUAUCAUCACUGGCAAUGAGACAUGGGCAUACAGCUAUGACCCUGAAACAAAAGUGCAAUCGUCCCAGUGGAAGCAACCAUCCUUGCCAAGACCAAAGAAAGUAAGACAGGUGCGCAGCAGUGUUAAACUGUCGAUGACCUGUUUUUAUUGCUACAAAGGUAUUGUGCAUCAUGAAUAUGCACCACAAGGUCAAACAUUUAACAAAGAAUACUACCUGGGGGUUCUUCGCCACUUUCAUGAAGCUGUGCGGCAAAAAUUACCCUACCUGUGGGCAGCAAAAUACUAGCAACUCCACCAUGACGACACACCCGCUCAUUCCAUCCAUGUCAUUCAAGUAUUCCUCGUCAAGCAUGACACACCACUUGUUUGUCAGGCUUCCUACUCCCCAGACUUGGCUCUGUGUGACUUGGCUGUUCCCAAAGUUCAAAAAUACACUCAGAUUUCAGUCAACAGAGGACAUUAAGCAAAAUUUGAUGGCACAUCUCUACAGCAUCCCAAAAAGUGAUUUCUAGAAAUGUUUUUAGUAGUGGCAGGAACACUAGCAGAAGAAGUGUGUAGAUUUCAAAGGUGAAUGAAUACUAUGAAGGAGGUGAGUUUUUAAUAUUACUUGUUGGCCAAAGAUCAGAUACUUUUUGAGUACACCUUAUAGCAGAUCUAGGAAUGUGGCAAAUAACCUUGGGAUUUAUUUAUUUAUUUAUUUAUUUAAAUUAUUUAUUUAUUUAUUUAUUUAUUUUAUUCUUUUUUUUUUGAUAACUACAGAUGCUUGUUAUAUAGAAUUAGGUGACAGCUUUCUCCCUGUAUACAGUCAGUGCUAAAUGACUAGAACUCCUGCUGACAUGAGCAUCAUAUUCCACAAACUGGCAACUUGUUCUUUCUCAGUCUGAAAAAUUUGGGUGGGAGAAAAUUUUGUGACCACUUGUUGCUUUGGGUUACAAAACAUUACUGUAUUUGCCAGUGCAUUAGACACACUUUUUUCUUGAUAAAAAGUAUCUAAUAAUUACCAUGCUUCUAAUGCAGCCAUAAUACAGAUGCCUAGGCCUGUAACCCUAUGCCUACAGGUGUGGAAUUGAAGCAGUAGUACACUAAGCACAAAUAUUGUUACUGAGAGAGAGAGAGAAUGGAAGGAAGGAGGAUGGAUGGAUGAAAGGGAGAGGGAGGGAAUGGGAAGAGGAGGGUAAGGGGGGAGAGAGAGACUUUCCACCACAGAAUAAACCAAGAUACACACACACACACACACACACACACACACACAGUUUUAAAUGUGAUGGUAGUACUGCACAGCCACAGUGCUGUAUCACACCAGAUGUGAGGGCAAAACACACACUUUUAGGGAUUUUGGCACCCACUCUCUUCCUAUUAUUCAUCAAUGAUAUAAACCAAACUACUUGUCCUAUCCACUUCUAUGCUGAUGAUACCACCCUGCACCUUUCCAUGACUUUUUGUAGAGGUCCAACCCUUUAGGAAGUGAAUAGCACAUGUAGGGAAGCCACAGAUUUUUGUAGGAGGGACCAAGAGCUACAAAAAUCAAUUAUAAAAAAAAAAAAGCCCACUGAGACACCAUUCCCCAAAUAGGGUUCAAAGCAGUAGUCAAAAAUUUAAAGAUAAGUGUCUUGAACCUCCCUCUUAAAGAAGUCAUAGGAUAGUGGAAAUACAGAAACAGGCAAGGAGGUCCAGAGUUUACCAAAGAAAGGAUCAAUAAUUGAGAAUACUGGCUAACUCUAGCAUUAGAGAGAUGGACAGAAUAGGGGUGAGAGAAAGAAGAAAGUCGUGUGCAGCAAGGCCGCAGGAGGAGGAGAGGCAUGCAAUUAGCAAGAUCAGAAGAGCAGUUAGCAUGAAAAUAGCAGAAGAUAGCUAGAGAUACAACAUUGUGGUGAUGAGAAAGAGGCUGAAGACAGUAAGAGAAAAUGAGUUGAUGAGAUGAAAAGCUUUUGAUUCCACCCUGUCUAAAAGAGCAGUAUGAGUGGAACACCCCCAGGCAUGUGAAGCAUACUCCAUACAUGGAUGGAUAAGGCCCUUGUACAGAGUUAGUAGCUGGGGAGGUGAGAAACACUGGGGGAGAUGACUCAGAACACCUAACUUCAUAGAAGCAGUUUUAGCUAGAGAUGAGAUGUAAAGUUUACAGUUUAGAUUAUAAAAAAAAGGACAGCCCAAGGAUAUUCAGUGCAGAAGAGGGGAACAGUUGAGUGUCACUGAAGAAGAGAGAAACAGUUGAGUGUCACUGAAGAAGAGGGAAACAGUUGAGUGUCACUGAAGAUAGUUGUCUGGAAGGUUGUGUUGAGUUGAUAGAUGGAGGAAUUGAGUUUUGAGGUAUUGAGUAAUACCAAGUUUGCUCUGCCCCAAUCAGAAAUUUUAGAUCAGAAGUCAGAUGUUCUGUGGCUUCUCUGCAUGAACUGUUUACUUCCUGAAGGGUUGGACAUCUACAAAAAGACAUGGAAAAGUCCAGGAUGGUAUCAUCAGCAUAGGAGUGGAUAGGACAAGAAGUUUGGUUUAGAAGAUCAUUGAUGAAUAAUAGGAAGAGAGUGGGUGACAAGACAGAACCACGACUGUUAAUAGAUUUAGGAGAAGAACUGUGACCAUCUACCACAGCAGCAAUAGAAUGGUCAGAAAGGAAACGAGAUGAAGUUACAGAGAGAAAGAUAGAAGCUGUAGGAAGAUAGUUUGGAAGUCAAAGCUUUGUGCCAGAUUCUAUCGAAAGCUUUUGACAUGUCUAAGGCAACAGCAAGUUCCACCAAAAUCUCUAAAAGAGGAUGACCAAAGAGGUUUUGGCUAGUUGGUGAUGGAAGGCUCAAGUACCUUUUGUGGGCCACCUCUCUAUCAUGUAUAGCUCAAGAACAGGCUGUGUUAAACCAAGGUUUGGAAGGUUUAGAUCAAGAAAAAAAGUGAGGAAUGUAUGCCUCCAUGCCAGACACUAUCACCUUAGCACACAGAGACAGGUCUCUUAUGGAAGCAGUAGUCAUUCUAAGGAAAAUCAGCAAAAUACCUAUUCAGGUCCCCCCAACUACCAGAGGGAAAAAGCUAGAGGCACCUUCUGCUUGGAAGGAUCCUGAGGGGGGAUUGGAGUGAUAGGACAUGAUAUGGAUAUGAGAUUGUGAUCAGAGGAGCCCAACCAAGAAGAGAGGGUAAUAGCAUAAGCAGAAGGAUUAGAGGUUAACAAAAGGUCAAGAAUGUUGGGCAUAUCUCCAAGACAGUCAGGAAUACAAGUAGGGUGUUGCACCAAUUGCUGUAGGUCAUGGAGAAUAGCAAAGUUGAAGGCUAGUUCACCAGGAUGGUCAGUGAAGGGAGAGGAAAGCCAAAGCUGGUGGUUAACAUUGAAGUCUCCAAGAAUGGAGAUCUCCACAAAAGGAAAGGGAGUCAGAAUGUGUUCCACUUUGGAAAUGAAGUAGUCAAAACAAUUUCUUAUAGUCAGAGGAGUUAGGUGAGAAGUAUACUGCAUAGAUAAAUUUUAUUUGAGAAUGACUCUGUAGUCACAGCCAGAUGGUGGAAAACUCAUAAGAAUUGAAGAGCAUGGGCAUGAGAGUAGGUUAGGUCAUUGUGCACAUAGAUGCAGCAUCCUGCUUUGGAUUAAAAAUGAAGAUAGAGAAAGUAAGAGAGAACAGAAAGGGGCUACUGUUGGUUGCCUUAGACACUGUUUCAAUAAGGAAAAGAAGGUGAGGUUUAGUAAAGGAGAGGUGGUUGUACAGAUUGAAAAUUAGAUCUAAGACCACAAAUGUUGCAGAAGUUAAUGAAGAAAAAGUUGAGUGGGUGUCAAAACACCUAAGGUCAAUACAAGAAGAGCAAUCCAACCUGGGGACAUUUGUGGUCCCCUCCCCCAGUGGGGACCCCAAGGCUGGUACAGUUCCCAUAUCAAUUUUGAAUUUUGAGUGAAGGGUGUGUGUGUAAUUGGGUGCAUGUAGUUUUGUGUGAAGGAGAAGAAAAAAAAAAAAAUUUUGGAGGCCAGGCUGUGACUGCCCCCUUGUGUUGUGAGAGACAAAGGGAAAUGUUCUUGAUGAAAGCAUUCUCUUUAAUAGAUCUCUGGCAAUCUUUAUGCAUGAGUUGCAGUUUCAAAGAUGAAGCUGCAGUCAAAGGGGUGCCAUUUUGACAUGGGGAGAUUUUGGAAUUCAUCACAGAGUAUUGCAAAUAUUUCAAGAACAAGAUUUUGAGAAUGUGUUUCAGCUGCAACAACAGCACUGAAAGUACUAUGUUACUACACAGACUAUUUUGAAGAUGAUAUCCAAACUUAAUAAUUUACCAUAAGUACUUGUACAUACAUAGGCCCACUAUAGUCUUGAAACUUCUAGAUACCAUCUUAUAUAAUAUGAAUUUGUACUAAUAAAACUACACCCAUU